AUGUCGCAAUUUGAUACAUAUGCAGAUGUGGUAGAGUUAUGCUCUUUAUUUCAAUGUCUCGGCUAUAGCAUCAAAUCACUCGAGACGAACGAUGCUAAUGUCAGCCAGGAUGGAGGUGGCACCAAAACUGUUGUUAUCAAUUGUCAGUCAUCAGGACUUCAUAUUGUUAUGGAAAGUGCCAACGCGUCCUGUUCAUGCCCCGCGACUAACCAGCAGAAUAGCGGAGUAUGGCAGGUCUCAGGUGUUACCGGUGGAAAAUUACUUGAUAAGGAAAUCGGGUGCAGUCUCCUGGGUUCUCUGCCGAGGACCCACCGUGAGCGUUUCGCUAAAGAACUGCGGGAGAUGAUCAAGUGCAUAAAGGAGCACAAUGUAUCUGAUGUUAAUAGGUCCAACACGGAAGCUAACAAAUCCGCGAGUAUGGUUGAACUUAGCACGCCUGAAAAAAAACAGUUCCAAGCCAAGUUAGACACGCCGACCCGUUAUCGGUCGUUGGAUGCUCUAAUCAAUGUGAAGGGGAACGCUGAGCAGCCUUUCCCGGACCCAGGUCCAUUGCAGAGGCACACGCCAAACAAUGCUAGUGAAGGCAGGAAUAUUUCUAAUAAGAUGAUGUGUCGCAGGCAGAGUACAUAUACUAUAUCUUCGACGCCUGGCAGCGUACGACGAAAUAAAACCUCCAGCCCGAUACAGAGUCAAAGUAACGUUCUCGACAGUUUACUAGCUAUAGAAAAAGUAGCUGAAGAUCUACGUAAUAAGUUAGCGGCCGUCAUUAGAGAAUUCAUGGAAGAAGGAAAGAAUAAUUCGUCUAUGUCAUCAAUGGUUUUAGAUGUAUCUAAAAUAUCUGUGCUGAAGGGUGAAAUAUCAAGGGCACAAUUCGCUUCCAGCCCGAAUCUAUCCGGUCUGGAUUCAGUACAAGAAGACUUUCCAAAAAGUCAUCUCAAGCGUUUUGAGAGUGCUUCAACAUCUAAUUUGGGUCCAUCCCAACAGUCUCCCAGUGGGGACGGAAAACCUUCGCGUUUGCGUCGUCUAUCUCCAAGUCUAUUCAAAAGCAAGAAACACAGUUCCAGUAUAAAAACUAGUGUUAAAGCACCAGAUAGUAAAGGCAGUAAAUUAAACAGUUUAUUUCGGCCAAAAAUAGUAGUGCCAGUUCUUUCUCCCAGAAGUAAUUUGGUAUCUAGUCCUAACAUUAGUUCAGCUAAGAAGAAAUUUAGUCAUAUCAAAUCAACUAUACCAAAACCCUUAAAAAAAGAGUAA